CUGUUUCUAAUCUGGUGCUGAUGUUAUUACACCAACACUGGCACACAGACACCGCUCGAGCUAGACAGCUGCAGAAAAGACAAGGACCCCAGAACUGCAACAUCCUGUCAGAAUACCUCUGGCUAUUCUUUUGUUUUAAUAGUUGUAUUCAUUUCGGGAGGAUGUAGUUAGAUCGCAGUGCUAACGAUCCCACAUAUAUCCAGUCUAUCCGCUGUUGGAGAAAUAGAAAGAAAACCACAGCAAAAGGCGACAAGCCCUGCGCAUCCUGAUGACAUAUGGACUAUCUAAUUCCUCACGCAGCACCAGUAACCUUUCCGAGGGAGUUUUCUCUCUAACGCGGCUAAUGCAGUACUGUGUACCAUAAUCUGAAAAUAUCAUUAGGCUAGGCUACUUUGCCUUCUGAGAAAACACUGCAUUGCUGCUGAAGCCUGAAAAUAACCGACAGCACCUCCGCAGUCCUCCGCAGCAGAGGAAUUAUCAGAAUAAGCUCGUCUCCUCUUUUACUGACCUGGGAGGCUUGGAAUUUGACAAGAAUAUCAAUAUAUUUCCUAUAGUGGAAUGCUUGUAUUGAAUGUUUAUUUUGAAACAUAACUGGAUAGAAAACCUAUCAAUUUAAAAGUGAAUCUUUUUAUCCGUCUCUGGUAUGGUCCAAAUGUGGGAGAAACAGGCACUACACCUGUGCCCCAAUCUAUAACAGGUUACACCCAUGUAAAAUGGAGGAUAGCUUUGACUGCGACUGUGGUGAGCUUGAGCCGCCCGAUUGUUGAGGGGGAGAUUAUUCUCUGAAGACUCCCAGGCCAGACGUCAUUUUAGAUCAGCAGUGGUUUCAACAGACGGACGACAAAAAAUCAAGUGAAAAAUUAUAAAACAUUUGGUAACAUUUCAGUGCUUUCUGGCACCAUUUAGAAUCAAUGCAGCUAAUCAAGACCUCCGGCCUGUUAAUGAAGGUAUCUGCACUGUGAGGAUGCGAAACGAUGCUGUUGUAGUUUUUGAAUUUGGCCUCCGAGUUCAUUCCGUUACUGCUGUCUGUCAAAUGCUGUAUAAUAAUUGGAUGAGGUUCAAAUUUGAAGAAAACAAUUCAAGUUAAAGGGUUCUUUUUCCCCCCAGACAAACAUGAAAUUAGUCUCUGGUUGUGAGUCAGAGUGCUGUGUAGUUUUGUGAGGGUGAAUCAGGGGGAAACGGUAGUCUUCUGUGUAAAGGUUAUAUCACCCACAUUACACAAGUUAAAAUCUACUAGGCCUUUAGUUUGUCAGUCAGUUUGUCCGUUUAGUUUACCCCCCCCCCUCCCCCAAGUCAAUUAAACCUCCAGUCAAGUCACCAAAUCCAACAUGGCAGAAAAGUUUGAGUCUUUGAUGAACAUCCAUGGGUUUGACCUGGGCCCACGCUACAUGGACCUGAAGCCUCUGGGCUACGGUGGGAACGGCCUGGUAUUCUCAGCGGUUGACACGGACUGUGACAAACGUGUGGCGGUUAAAAAGAUCAUCCUGACAGACCCCCAGAGCGUCAAACACGCCCUCCGAGAGAUCAAGAUCAUCAGGAGGCUGGAUCACGACAACAUUGUCAAGGUAUUCCAAACAUUAGGGCCUAGCGGCCGCCACCUUACAGAAGACAUAGUCUCUUUGACGGAGGUCAACUCUGUGUACAUCGUCCAGGAGUACAUGGAGACAGACCUUUGUCAGCUGCUGGAGAGGGGGCUUUUGUCCGAAGACCACUCCAGGCUCUUCAUGUACCAGCUGCUACGAGGCUUGAAGUACAUCCACUCUGCUAAUGUACUGCACAGGGACCUGAAGCCUGCCAACCUGUUCGUCAACACCGAGGACCUGGUGCUGAAGAUCGGGGACUUUGGGUUGGCCCGGAUCAUGGACCCACACUACUCACACAAGGGUCAUCUCUCUGAGGGUUUGGUGACAAAGUGGUAUCGGUCUCCUCGCCUGCUGCUCUCUCCAAAUAACUACACCAAGGCCAUUGACAUGUGGGCUGCCGGCUGUAUCUUCGCUGAGAUGCUCACCGGGAAGACUCUGUUUGCAGGGGCUCAUGAGCUGGAGCAGAUGCAGUUAAUCCUGGAGUCCAUCCCGGUGCUGAGGGAGGAGGACCGGCAGGAGCUGCACAAGGUCAUCCCCGUGUUCAUACGCAGUGACAUGACUCAGCCCCACAACCCUCUGGCCAGACUCCUGCCAGACGUCAGCCCACAAGCCCUGGACUUCCUGGAGAAGAUCCUGACCUUUAACCCCAUGGACCGCCUGACUGCAGAAGAGGCCCUAGCUCACCCGUACAUGGCUGACUACUCGUUUCCCCUGGACGAGCCGGUCUCCCUCCAUCCGUUCCACAUAGAGGAUGAGGUGGAUGACAUCCUGCUUAUGGACCAGAGUCACAGUCACACCUGGGACAGGUACCGGGACAGUCAGCUGUCGGAGGGAGACUGGCACCUACACACUCACAGCACCCUGGACCCCGACGAGGUGCAGGUGGACCCCCGGGCCCUGUCUGACAAUACGGACGACGAGGACGUCCAGGUGGACCCUCGUAAGUACACAGACGGAGACCGGGAGAAGUUCCUGGAUGAUCCCUCCUACGACUACACCUCCCUCUUCCCCCCUGAGCGCUCGUGGCCCGACGAGGACGACCUCCACCACGAGAACAAGUACUGUGACCUGGAGUGUUCGCACACCUGCAACUACAAGGCCACGUCUCCGUCCUACCUGGACAACCUGAUCCUGAGGGACAGCGUGGUCAACCACUACUACGAGCCCAAGCUCAUCAUCGAUCUCUCCAACUGGAAGGAGCAGCAGAACAAGGAGAAGCUAGCCGUCGACAAAGAGCGCAAGGCCCAGAAGAGCAAGUGCGAAAAGAACGGCCUGGUCAAGGCCCGGAUGGCCCUUCAGGAGGCUGAGAAGUCCCACAGUCCUGAGGAGAAGGACUCCCAGCAGGAGAAGAACCAGAACCACACCGCCCAGCAGAGCCAAGGCUUCGAUUUUGACUCUUUCAUAGCCGGAACCAUCAAACUCAGCCUACAGCCUGAACCAAGCGAGGUGGGCCUCCUGAGCGAGGUGGGCCUCCUGAGCGAGGUGGGCCUGCUGAGCGAGGUGGGCCUGCUGAACGAGGUGGGUCUGCUGAACGAGGUGGGCGUGAGCCUGCUGAGUGAGGUGGGCCUCCUGAACGAGCUCAAUUCGUCCGUGUCCCAGUUGGAGGCUUCGCGGUCAGGCUCCAUGUCCAAGUCCAUCAGCCAGGAGAAAGAGGAGAAAUGUUUGGUGAACUUCGCUCAGGUCAGCAGCACCGUGGGGACUACCGGGUCUGGACAGCGUCCCGCUCACCCCUGGGAGAGCUUUGGAGGUGGGGAGCGGGUGGAGGAAGGGAGGGGUGGGUGUCUGAUCGACGAGGCAGGGCGCUGGGACGUCGGGAAAGAGGAGCAGCUCCAGAAGGAGAGCUCGUACACCAGCUACCUGGACAGGCUGUUCAGCAAGAAGGACGAAGGGUGCGGGGAGAGUGCUGCCAGUGCCUCCGACAGCUCAGAGCCAGAGCCGUCGGAGGCGGGAGGGGAGCGGGACGAGGGGGGCUUCCUGGCGAGGAGCGGGGAAAUUAUGUUUAACAUGCAGCUGGACUCUCUGGCUCUGCCAAGGUUCGACGCUACCGCAGACCUGCCACUGAAAUCCAUCCAGGCCUCCCUCGCCCCCUCCGCUGUCCGAUGCUCGCCGCAGAUCGCCCACAAGACCUACAGCAGCAUCUUCAAGCAUCUGAAUUGAGGACACAACACAAUGCUCCUCGCAGUGCAACAUCCCAAGGCUGUCUCAGUUGUUGCGUUUCCUGUUUUGUCAUAGUAAUGUUAUUUUACUUGAAUCAUUUCAUACCUUUUUAUCGUUUGAUUGCAUAAGAGAAACUGUGUAUUAUCUCUUUUUUUUUU